AUGGUAGCUCUUACCUCAGCUCACGUGCUGGGUAGACAACAAUUCCAGAAAAAUGAGUUCAAUACCGAUGAAGUUAUCGCAAAAGCCUUUGAAGCAUAUAUGCCAGAUUUCCUCUCCUCCGUCUCGGCUUCUAGCAGAAGUGAAUUCAUCAAAAUAUACUCUAACAGUACCAUCCCCAGAUCGCAAAUCGAAACUCAAUUGAACCAAUGGGCUGUUCAAAAUGGUGUUCAGGUAUUAAUACUCUUCGUCAUGAAGUAA